AUGAACGCUUCCGAGGUGUCACAGAAGGAAGGGGAACCAGCGGACCAGUCCGCUGAGCAGAGUCACAAGAAAGAGGAGGAAGGAUCCGGUUCGGGUGCAGGGCAGCCCGGACAACAAGAUCGACCCCACAACUAUUGGCACAACGGGCUGUUUAGUUGCUGGGAUGAUGUUGGAACUUAUUGCAUGUCGUGUUGGUGCCCUUGCAUGGUAUAUGGGAAAAACCGGAAGCGACUCGACCACUUGCAAGAAAACGAUACGGCGGAUCCGGAACAUGGUGGUUCGGGCUGCGAUGCUGAUUGUUGUAUGCAUCUAGCGCUUGAUAUGUUGUGCGGUUUUGGUUGGGUACUGCAGCUCGGGCAAAGGGCCACGUUGAGAGCGCGCUACCACAUUGAUGGAAGCUCCGGUAACGAUUGCCUAACUGCAUUCUUUUGCACCCCAUGUGAACUCACCCAAGAGAGUCGACAAUUGGCAGAGGAGGAAAUGGCUGCUUCCAACACUGAGAGGCAGACUCAUAACACAUAA